GCGUGCAGCGGGCCGUGAACGCUGCAGCGCAUUAAAGACUACAGGCCUGCCAAAGGUUGGCCCGUGAGGCUAUCCGGAUCCGUCACGACACUGUUCUGCCGUAGGUGGACGCGGAAGCCAGGCCGAACGUACUCCUCGAUCGCCAUAGUUCUGUGAAGAUCUCGUAGGACAGAGCCUGAUUUGGUGAAGGUGUGAUCUCAGGUCUUGGGUACCAGGAAGGUGUGCCACAGCUGUGGUUGUGACGAAGUGUCGAGGGAGGCAGAGCGGAUUUCGAGCCCGGUUAUAGCAUUUGUGAUCAAUUUCGAUUCUUCUCUCGAGAGGUCGGCUUGAGCUGGCUGGAAUGCUGUGUGGAAAUCAAGUUGUGAAGACACCACGCUCAUCGUAGCUGUAUCUGGACGUCACGUGCGGUAGCGCAAUUCAUUAGGUUUGUGAGUUUUAUUUUCGCUGAGGAGAAGAAUGAGACACUGUGAGGCUCAAAAGCGACGAUGUUUUGGGCCAUUUCUCAGUCUGGUUGAUUUGAACUUCGUGAUUUUAGUCGCUGGUGUUUUGUACCCAUACUGUCGAUCAGUGGGGAGCUCCGAGUUGUUGUGAAGCUUGAUCCGCAACUCGGCACUGAUGCUGAUCUGGACAUGUUGGAGCCACGUCGUGAAUUUCGUGUUUGGAACACGUUAGAAUUUCGGAGACAUGUAAAUCAGUCUUGUGUUAGUGGAACACAAGUGCGAAGAUGUAGGCGCUAUUGCGGAUCAGCUUCAGUGCUGCGGACCAACGUUUGUAAGUUCACAGGAGUUGAAUUUCUCUUGUUUGAGCACAUCCAGAACUGAAGAUCUACUGUGCUCAGUUCAAGGUGAAUUGAACAACCCCUGUCCCCGAAGGUUGGAGUUCGGUUUCGUUCGUUGAUAAUCGGGUGAUACAAGGUUCAACCAUUCAUCUGCAAAGAUGAGGCCUCGCACGCCCCCGGUCAAGUCGUCGGUUACAGGAACUGGAGCUGUAGACGAAGAAAGGGACAAGGAGAAAGAGAAGGCCACGUUACUGGGACUGAGGAAAAAAGGCAUGGGCGUACGGGCCUGGCUAAUGAUCGACGCAGGUGGAAAAGCCCAAUUGGUGGAGGCUGGUAAGCACGCCAUAAUGCGAAGAGCCUGUUUGCCGGCUCGGGAUUUGCGCAUUUUAGACCCUCUACUUACCUAUCCUUCGACUAUUCUGGGAAGAGAGCGUGCUAUUGUGGUGAAUUUGGAGCACAUCAAAGCGAUUAUCACUGCGCAGGAAGUUUUGCUGUUGAAUUCAAAGGAUCCGGCGGUUGUGCCCAUUGUGUUAGACUUGCAGCGCCGGCUUCCUCUGCAUUUCAACUCUUUUGGACAGCAGGUCGCUGGAGACGGAGGUGGUGGAUUAAGUGACAACGAGGGAGAUGGCCAUGUAAAGCCACCUGCAAAUUCUCCAGCAGAUGGCAUGAGUAGGGUGUCAUCAAGCUCAAAACUGAACAAAUCAGGACAAGGUCCACAGACACAGGGAACAUCUUCCGACUUGCCACCUUCUCCACCUCAGUCGCGGGCUAAUGAUUUUAGAAAUGCUGGUGGGAGUCCACCUCGUGCAAAUGGUGGUCCCAGUGUUUUGCCUUUCGAGUUUCGAGCAUUAGAGGUCUGCCUAGAAGCGGCGUGCACCUGCCUUGAUUCUGAGACCGUUACUUUGGAGCGAGAAGCCUAUCCAGCUUUGGAUGAGCUCACUUCGAAACUUAGCACCCUUAAUCUGGAGCGUGUCCGACAAAUAAAGAGCCGUCUAGUGGCCAUCUCUGGUCGUGUUCAGAAGGUCAGAGAUGAAAUUGAGCAACUUCUAGAUGACGACGGAGAUAUGGCAGAGAUGUAUCUGACGGACAAACUUUUGCGCAACAUGGAAGGGGCCCUUUCACCUACAUCAUCUGACGGAGGUGCUCGGUCCAUGUCCUUCAGUCAUAUGGACAUGGGGAAAAUGGAUUCAUCUGCAGACCUAGAUAAAGCCUCCAAUGCCGUCCAACCUGACAUUCAGGACUCAGAAGCAAAUGAAAAGAGUGUGUCCAAAGCGUACAUCGGUAUGGAAGAUAUGCUUCACUCGGAGGAAGUAGUUGCAAAGAGAGCCAUAGUUCGUAGCAGGAGCAGUAGUAGCAGCAGUUCAUCUAGCACUAGUCACGGUGGAAAACUGGACGUGGAAGAACUGGAGAUGCUUCUGGAGGCCUACUUUGUGCAAAUUGAUGGAACUUUGAACAAGCUGUCAACUCUUCGUGAAUACGUUGAUGAUACCGAAGAUUAUAUCAACAUUAUGCUGGAUGACAAACAAAAUCAUCUUCUGCAGAUGGGCGUCCUACUGACUACUGCAACUCUUGUUGUCAGUGCAUUCAUUGUGGUGACAGGAAUAUUUGGGAUGAACAUACAUAUUGAUCUUUUCGAAGCAGACAACGAUCACAGUAGAGAGUUUCUCUUCGUAGUGGUUGGAUCAUUUAUUGGGUGCGUGACUUUAUACACCGUUGCAAUAGCAUGGUGUAAGUACAAACGGCUAAUUGAGUGAAGGGUAUCCGGACCAUUGUGUGCAAGUUAGAGGGGAAACAGUAGAGUCGCUGUUUCUGCUCUGCCGACUAAUGCCAAGUAAAAGCACGCCAAAUUAUGACACCAUCACCAUCAAGUAUUGAUCCCGCAUGACCGUCACAAAGUAUUGACAAGGGCAAAUGAAGACAGCCAGGUCUGAGAUGACGGGGUGUGUAGCGAGCUAAGUCACCUCAAAGUAUGAAUGAUUCGUUACUCCACAUUUUUCGUCUGUAGGGAGUCCAAAGAUUCGGCUAGACUUGGUGUAGGUUUCAUUUAUCUGUUCCCUUGAGCCUGUUACAAGCAGUGUAUGUAAUGUUUCGUCAGGUCUUUACCAUUGAACGUUCUAGGUGUCUGAAAUCGUAGUUUGUACCUUUUUUGGUAAGCUACUGCAGUUCUGGCAGCCUUGAGAACGGUGAGUGGUUUUGUGCCGUGAAGUGUACGAUAUGAUAUUGGAUGGCUUGUGGUGGUCAUUCUGAUAGCUUUGUUACUGCCUACCAUAUUCCAAUAAAAAUCCACGAAUGGUCC